CCUCCGGCCAUGCCCCGCGCGCCGUCGACCGCCUCCUUCCUCUCCCAAUCCCAUCUUCUCCUCACACGCGACUUUCUUCGCCGUUCACGGCUCCCCUCGUCACGACCUCGCGGGAGGCAGAGGAUGGGAGGGUGCGGCGCUGGCGGGCAGAUCUGCGCCGCCAGGACUCGCCCGACCCGCGGGAUGCUCGAUCCAGUGACGCACCAGUCGCGGUCGUCGGCCCAGCCGACCGACGACGGAGAUCGCAGCACCCUGCACCAUCAUUCUGCCUCAGCUCAUCCUUCCUCUGCGCACCCGAGGUCCUCGAUGUGUGCUGCCUGGAAGGGCUCGCGCUCGCCGCUCAACCAGAGCCACACGGCCAUCCGUCGUCGUUGCACUCGCCGCCCCCUCUGCUCCUCCACCUCAACUUCGGACGCACGUGUAUUUCUGUGCCCACCCCGUGCUACCAGAGGAAACUGCAGACCAGUCUCUCUGGAUGACUUUUAUUUUCUACUGAGGAUCACGAGUUUGCACAGUUUCAUGAUGUCAAAUUACUGCAUAUGUGGUGCUUCUUUUCAAUAGGGAUAGAAUUAGCUGGUUAUAGAUUAUGGAUGUUCUCAGUUAUUUUUUGCACACAAGGUGUUUGUGUGUUUGUCCGAGCCAGUUUCAGUCACAGAUCCUUGAGGUAAACUCCCACAUGAAUACAUCAUGAGAGUAACUCUCCUUCCAUAUGAUUCAAAAAAUGGUAUGAUGGUGGGACUCAAUCGGGUUGCCAGACUAAUGUGGCGUUGGUGCGUGCAUCUGGAUGUGCGUCAGUAUUCACAGCCAGAGGAAGUGGGUUGUUGCAGGCAGAGGCGGAUUAGGAUGAGAGCUUCAAGACAGCAGGGGCAGCAGGCUUCGCUCAACAUAUUCAUCUAUGAUUUUCUCUCCGAUUUUGAAAUUAUUUGGCCCCUAUAGUCCCCUUGAGAAAAAUCAGAGUAUUUAUGGACUAUGCUCUAUGGGUUGACAAAUUUGAUUGCAGGGGCUGGCAAAGUAAGUGCAGUGUCACCGUUGCACAUAUAUUCAGGGCUAGAUCAAAGUUCAGUCAGAAGAACAUGACCAGGCAGGGUGCUUCAUGCAGUAUUGGGAGUGAGAACUGUAUAAUCAGUGUCGCCUCCACUCUUCCCCGCCCCUGUGCUUUUUCCUCGAUGGAAAUGCGGGCCACCACGCCGCUCACUUCGCGAGCAACCACUUCAUCUCCAACCUGUCGUUGGAGAGCAUUGCGGACCGAGCGGACAAACGACGAGGUGUAGCAGCACAACCUUGCCUCUUCCCCUUACUCUCCUUCACAAGCGAGCCAAAGACACCCCAAGUUGUGGCACCCAUCUGAGGCCAGCCUUGCUUGGCAUACAUGGCUGCAUACAUGUGAUUGGAAACAUGCAUGGAGGCUUGGGCCUGGAUAUGCAAUUAUGCGUUCCUAAGUUUUACUAAUGCAAUUCCUUUUUGAAAGAUCCCUAAAAUCAUUUACCUUUUGCUCCUGAGAAUUGUUUACUAUUGUGAAUUGUAUCAAUGGUCGAAAUGGUCAAUUAACGACAUAUACCGAGAUACUAUGAAACCCCUUCAGUAGAUCGACUGAAAUAUGAACAUUCUUGGCCCAAAGUUACAGGAUUGAACCAAUUAAUUGCUAACCUCUUGGUUUUAAUGAUAAUUGUUCUACCAUGUGUUUUUCUUCUACUAGCAUCCCAUCCACAAUGUCAAUUGGAAUUAUAUAUAUAGCUUAGACAUUUAGUGUGAUAUAUUCUGCGAGAUGUGUUCAAAUCACUGUAUUUUUCCAUGAUAUUGACAAUUUUUCUUUGAAUGUCUAAGUGAACGUUCUCUAAAAUUUCAUUCUCAGUUAAGUCUGGUCUUUCUUUGGGUAAUUUAUAUAGUAAGGCCUGCAAGAAUUGAAUGCAGAUCCACUAUUCCCUGCCUCUGUAUUUACUGCAAUGCAUAUUUACCUGGAGCUAGCAUCACAUACUGUAUGUCAAGUGCCAAGUCAGUUUUCACUAAAUACAAAUUAAAAUAUAUAUAUGAACCUUUUCAUUAGCUUUGGCUGCACUUUUCUGGAUAAUGUCAAUAUCAAUAUUUGUAAGUACUCUUAUGAACUCAUAUGAUGCAUCUCCCACUUUUUUUAUCUGCAAGGUAUCUGACAUAGUGUUUGGACAGACUUAUUUCUGGUAGUAACUUCUCCAUUGUGAAACUACUUUCGACUACAGUAGCUUGCGGACAAUGUGGGCUACUACAAGACCGAGACCUGCAUUAAAAGAUGAUUACAUUUAGGAGUGAAUGGAUUGAAGCCAAAGCUGAGACAGUUGAAUCAAGACUUCAGGGAGUAAACAGAAAUUUGCCAGGAAAUAAAGAACAAUUAACAAGAAGCAAUAUUUUCUAUGGAUCACAAAAAAGCAAGGUUAAACGGCUUGCUGUGGGCAAGGACAUACUUGUAAAACUAUUCUGUGCUGCAAGACGUCCAAGAUUAUUGUUCUUUAAUCUUUCUCAGGUUGAAAAGUUUACGGAAAAUUUCAAAUUGGAUAACGUGGUUGGACGCGGUGCUUUUGGCUACGUUUACAAGGGAAAACUACCUAGCGGGGUUGAGAUUGCGGUCAAAAGAUUUGCAGCAUCAUCAACUCAAGGUUCAGCAGAAUUUACUGCUGAGAUUGAAACAAUUGCAAAUCUUCAACAUAGGAAUGUUAUAAGGCUACUUGGGUUUUGCAUUCAAAGAGAAAAGGACUUUCUGGGAUUUCAAAUUCAGCAGGAAGAGAUGAUUCUUGUUUACGAAUACAUGCCAAACAAGAGCUUGGCCUCUUUUCUAUACGACUAUACAAGCACAGGAGAAUCACUUAAUUGGUCUAAGCGCCUCCAUAUAAUUGAAGGGAUAGCUCAGGGUCUUGUUUACCUGCAUGACCUAUCGUCUCACCAAUGUGUUGUCCACAUGGAUUUGAAAGCCAGUGAUAUAUUGUUAGAUUAUGAAAUGAACCCUAAGAUUUCUGAUUUUGGGAUGGCUAGGAUAUUACCUUCUAGCGGGACUGAAGGGACUUCGAAGACUGUUAAAGGCACAAGUGGUUAUAUGGAUCCUGAAUAUGUCAGGUUUGGGAAAUUCUCAGUGAAGUCUGAUGUGUAUAGCUUUGGCAUCAUGAUUCUUGAGAUCAUAAGUGGAAAGAAAUGUCAUUCCAUAUUAUCCAAUGGAAAAAUGAUGCAUCUACCGAUGCGUGCCUGGAUGCUAUGGGAAGCAGGAAAGUCCCACGAGCUUGUUGAUGUAUCAUCAUCACCAUGUAACAACCAACAAGCAGCUCAGAUCACCAGAUGCGUUCAUGUGGCGCUACUGUGCAUUCAAGACUAUCCGAGGCAGAGGCCUACCAUGCCGGAUGUGCUUCUUAUGCUGCAUAGUGAGAGCGUCGGCUUGCCUACACCUAGCAUGCCACCCAACCAUCAAGCUGAAGCCCUGACGCUGGAGGGGUUCGGGGAGGUGAAUGUACCAUUACAACCUGUUCAGGAGAUGGUCACUUCGUUUUUUUUGAAACAAGAGAUGGUCACUUCGUAGUGCAGAGAGUUGCUGAUAAUCUCUGAAUGCAUUUGCAGGACUAUCUUUUAGGAGUGGUAUAUUAAUUGUACAGCCACUAGCUCGUCAGUAGCCAACAAAUAAAUAUUGGUGCUCUGUGCCUUACAAAAAGUGGUGCCUGAAUGUAACCUGAAAUUCAUACGAUUUGUUUGCCUGACCAGGCAGGCCGAGGGACAUGUUUGGUUGGUGGCCUUUGCCUGAGGAGAAAACGUAAAGUUCAAACCCGUG